AUGUCGGCUGCGGCAUCACGGUCGUCCCGACGCGUUGCUACACGCCGUAGGGCCGUCGUCGACUCCGACGAUGAGCUGUCCGUCAUUAGCAAAACUCAAGACGACGAGCUCGAUGAAUUGGACCAAGAUAUAUCGCAACUUCCGCAGCGCAGGACACGAAGCGGCCGUGCCUCGAUGGCCUCUACCACAACCGCCAAACCCAGAGCGACGAGGACCACGCGCAAGGUGUCGGCUCCCGCGCAGAACGCAAGCGUAGAGCCCGAACCGGCCCCAGAACUUGAAGAGAAGCCUGCCCCCGAGUUUGCGCCCAAGCAGGAUGAGAAUACGCCCGUCGAAGCGGCCAGCGACCCAGUCAAGACUGAGCCGGCGCCUUCAGAGUCACCAAAGCGCGUCCGCCGGAGCGCUACGCCGCGAACCUCUGUGGCCGAGGCGCCCAAGCUCGUACCUCAGACUCCGAGCAGCAAGCCUCGUUCACCGCAGAUUGGCGCGCCCAACGCCUCGCCGCUUGCCGAUAUCACUGGCAUGAAUACUCGCCUCCCGGACGUGACGCAGACCGUCAAGCCGAUGAGGUCUAUGGACACAUUCCUCGACAAGCCGCUUGACAUCGUGGUCAAGCAGCGUACCAUGGCAAUUCCCUUUGUCGAGGAUACAACACCGAAAUCGCGUAUUGUCAUCACGUAUCUCAUUCUCACAAACUUCAAGAGUUAUGCUGGGCGACAAGAAGUUGGCCCUUUCCACGCUACCUUUUCGUCGGUAGUUGGGCCCAACGGAUCUGGAAAGUCCAACGUUAUUGAUUCGCUCCUGUUUGUCUUUGGGUUCCGCGCUAGCAAGAUGCGACAGGGCAAGAUCUCUGCUCUUAUUCACAACUCAGCCCAAUACCCUGACCUCGACCAUUGCGAGGUCGCUGUUCACUUCCAGGAGGUCAUGGAUCAGCCUGGCGGUGGCCACGUCGUCAUUCCGGACUCAGAAUUAAUCAUCUCUCGCAAAGCCUUCAAGAACAACUCGAGCAAAUAUUACAUCAACAACAAAGCAUCCGAUUUCACGACUGUCACUACUCUAUUGAAGGACAAGGGUGUAGAUCUGGACCACAAGCGUUUCCUGAUUCUCCAGGGUGAAACUCCCAUCGAAGAAUCAGCGGCCGAGGUUGAGGCCCUCAACGAUGUUUGUGUCGAAAAGAGCAGCCGUGUACAACACGUCGAGAAGGAAAAGAGCAGUCUAGAAGGGAAGAAGGAUAUUGCUUUGGCGCUCAUUCGUGACGAGAAUGAACUCACAAUCAAGCAAUCCGCCCUCUAUCAGCUUUUCCUACACGAAUGCAACGAAAACAUCGUGGUUACGGAGGAAGCCAUCAACCAAAUGCAGGCCCAGCUCGAUGACGAGCUCGAGAAACACCAAGGCAGUGAGACACUCAUCAAGGAUCUUCAGAAGCAGUACAAGCAGGGGAGCAAAGAGGUCGACGCCUCAGACAAGCAUACCCAAGCGCUUGCAAAAGAGAUGGCGCAGUUUGACCAAGAACGCGUCAAGUUCGACGAGAAAAAGAAGUUCCUCGACGGCAAGCGUAAGAAGUUUGAAAGGACCAUUGCCAAUGCCGAAAAGGAUUCUGCCACUGCCGAUGAGACAAUAGCCGAAAGCACCAAGACAAUGGAGAAAAGCACCAAGGAUGUUGCAGAUCUCGAGAGCCAAAUCGAGGCGGAGGAGGCCCAAUUGAUCAAGAUUCGAGAGGGACUUCAGGGCAAAACGCAAAAGUUCUCCGACCAAAUCGCAAUUAAGCAGAAGACCCUAGAGCCCUGGCUGGAGAAGAUCAACGAGAAGCAGUCAGCCAUUGCGGUUGCUGAAAGUGAGCUGACUAUUCUCCAAGAUAAGGCAAAUGCUGGUGCCGUGGCUCUCGAGGAAUUGGAGGCCAAGAUUAAAACCAAUGAAGUUACAAAGGAUGAGAAAGCUAAGGAACUCAAGGCCUGCGAAGCUCAGAUGUCAAAGCUUGCCAAGGAGGCCGAGAAGAUGCAGUCGGAAAUCAAUAUCCUCACUGAGCAGGAACCCAAGAUGCGAGCCAAGAUUUCGAGUACAAGACAAAAAGCUGACGAAGCACGCUCGAGCCUCGCAAGCACCCAGACGAGGGGCAAAGUUCUUGCCGCCCUCAUGCGCAUGCGUGAAUCCGGGCGUAUCGAAGGAUUCCACGGCCGCCUUGGUAAUCUUGGCACCAUGGACGAGAAAUACGAUGUUGCCGUCUCGACUGCUUGCGGCGCGCUUGACAACUUUGUCACCGAAACUGUUGAAUCCGGCCAGCAGUGCAUCGAAUAUCUGCGCAAAAACAACCUUGGCAGAGGCAAUUUUAUCUGCUUGGACAAGCUCAAGGACCGAAACCUUGCUCCAAUCCAGACACCAGAGAACGCUCCUCGCCUGUUUGACCUGGUUAAACCCCAGCAUGAUCGCUUCAGACCUGCAUUUUACCACGCUAUGCAAGACACACUGGUGGCAGUGGACUUGGCCCAGGCCAACCGAAUCGCUUAUGGCGCCAAGCGCUGGCGAGUUGUCACACUAGCUGGCGAGCUGAUUGACAAGUCUGGUACUAUGUCUGGCGGUGGCACAACAGUCAAGAAGGGCCUCAUGUCGUCGCAGCUAAGUAGCGACAUCACUAAGGAGAAGGUUGCCAAACUCGAGGAAGACAGAGACACAUGGGAAGCCAAAUUCCAAGAGUUCCAAGAGUACCAGCGGGAGUGCGAAAAUCGCAUGAAAGAGAUCAAUGACGAGAUCCCCGCUCUGGAGACAAAAAUUCAGAAGAUCGGUCUCGAAGUAGAAAGCGCCACUCGCAACAUCGCCGAUCUUCGGCGUCACAUCAAAUCUGUUAGCCAGGAGUAUCAGCCGUCUGCCAGUGAUACUGCAAGAAUCAAGGAGUUACAGAAGGGAAUUGCCUCGCUGAACUCUGAAAUCGAGAAGCUACGGGGUGAGACCUCUAGCGUCGAGGAGGAGAUCAAGGCUCUACAAGACAAGAUUAUGGAAGUCGGUGGUGAGAAGCUUCGCAUGCAGCGUGCUCUUGUUGAUGGUUUGAAAGAUCAAAUCACGUCACAUAACGAAGAAAUCUCCUUCGCUGAAGUGCGAAAGGCCAAGGCUGAGAAACAAAAAGUUAAACUUGAAAAAGACAUCGCCAAGGCCACCAAGGAAUGCGAUGCUGCUGUGGCCGAACUGGAACAGCUUGACGACGAUAUCACUAACCAGGGCACCAAGUCUGAUGAGCUUCGCCAAAAGGUGGAAGAAGCGCAGUCCGCUCUAGCUAUCAAGAAAGCCCAGCUUCAGGAAUUGAAGGAAGAUUUGGAUGUCAAGACUUCCGAACUCAACGAAACACGUGCUAUUGAGAUCGAGAUGCGCAACAAGUUGGAGGAGAAUCAGAAGACCCUUGUCGAAAAUCAAAAGCGUCAGCGCUACUGGGAUGACAAGCUGUCCAAGCUGGUUCUUCAGGACAUCAAUGACCUCAUCGGCGAGUCGGCAUCAAAACGUGUGACGUCCGCUCCCGGGAACAAUGGAGACAAGUCUCAGGUUGACUCGGAAGAUGUCGAGAUGGGCGAGACUGCGGAGGCAGAAAAGGCCGACGUUAGCAUGGGUGAAGCAGAGGAGCCUCGGGCGGAAGACCAAGAGCGCUCUAUGCACCAGCCACAGGAGCUCCCUCAGUACACUCCGGAUGAACUUGCAGAGAUGAGCAAGGAAACUCUGAAAGGUGAAAUUGCUGCUCUUGAGGAGAAGACGCAAAAUGUUGCUGUCGAUCUUGGCGUGCUCGCCGAAUACCGUCGACGCGUUGAGGAACAUGCCGCUAGAUCUACCGAUCUUCAGUCGGCCCUGGAUCAGCGUGACUCUGCCAAGAAGCGCUGUGACGACCUGCGCCGCAUGCGACUGGAGGGCUUCAUGGCCGGCUUCAGCGCCAUCUCCCUGCGCCUCAAGGAGAUGUAUCAGAUGAUUACCAUGGGUGGCAACGCUGAGCUGGAACUCGUCGACAGCUUGGAUCCCUUCAGUGAAGGUAUUCUGUUUAGUGUGAUGCCUCCCAAGAAGAGCUGGAAGAACAUUGGUAACCUCUCUGGUGGCGAGAAGACACUCAGCAGUCUUGCGCUUGUGUUUGCUCUGCAUCACUACAAGCCCACGCCACUGUACGUCAUGGACGAAAUUGAUGCCGCCCUGGAUUUCAGAAACGUUUCCAUUGUUGCAAACUAUAUUAAGGAGCGCACCAAGAACGCCCAGUUUAUUGUCAUUUCACUCCGAAACAACAUGUUUGAGCUUGCUGCUCGUCUAGUUGGCGUGUACAAGGUCAACCAUAUGACAAAGAGUGUGACAAUCGAGAACCAAGACUACAUUGCCCGCCCACAGCCGCAACAGCGAUCAGCCAUGGGUGGCCAUACAACGACACUGGCGUUAAGAUGA